CGCCGGCCAUAGCCAAUGAGCGCGCCGGAGGAGGGACGUCUCGGCGCGCGCCUCCGCGUCCGCUUCGCAGUUCAGCGGAAGCCUGGGAUUGAGCGGGAACAGCGCUGCGCUCCGCUUCACUUUCUCUCCGCGCAGGAAUUUCGCUCGUGUUUACCGAAAACAACAACAACCACCGCAACUACAGCAGCAACAACAACAAACACCUACAUUCUCCUCCAGAACAGACGGACGGCCGGUCGAGUCGCCAUGAAGAACCCCAUGUACUGGGUGGUCCUGUCCGGAAUGGCCACCGCUUUGAUCCAGCAAGGUUUGCCAGUCCGGAGCCAGGGGGACUCUCAGUCUGACAACAAAGUGAUGGACAAUAUCACCGUCCGGCAAGGAGAGACAGUGUUCCUCAGCUGUUCUCAGGGUGACGUUGUGACGCACACGGCUUGGCUGAACAGGUCCAGUAUACUGUACGCCGGCGAGGAUAAGUGGUCUGUGGACCCCCGAGUGAGCCUGGUCACUCUAAACCGGGAAGAGUUCACCAUUAAGAUUGAGAACGUGGACAUGAGCGACGAGGGGCUGUACGUGUGCGCCGUUCAGACCAGCAGCAAACCCAGAACCACGUCCGUCCACAUCAUCGUGCAAGUUCCUCCAAAAAUCGUCAACUUCUCGAAAGACCUGGUGGUGAAUGAAGGCGCCAAUGUCACGCUGAUGUGCUUGGCCAGCGGCAAACCAGAACCUGCAAUCAGCUGGAAAAUGCUCUCCCCAUCUGGUGACGGUCUCGGUUCAGAUGACGAUUAUCUGGAGAUCCCAUCCAUUACCAGACAGAAAGCAGGAGAAUACGAGUGCAGUGCAGUUAAUGACAUUGCUACAGAAACAAAGACCAUGCAGCUGGUGGUCAACUACCCUCCCACCGUGUUUGAGGGCAGAGAUGUCGGGGUCACUCUGGGUCAGAGAGGGGUCCUGCAGUGCGAGGCCGACGCUGUACCUGAGGCAGACUUUGAGUGGUACAGAGACGACAGAAGGAUCUCUAACGGCUUUGAUGGGAUUGAGAUCGAGGAUUCUGGAGCCUUAUCAAAGCUGACUUUCUUCAACGUGUCCGAGACAGACUAUGGAAAUUACACUUGCGUUGCCAUCAACAAACUUGGGAGUGCAAACACAAGCUUUGUUCUAUACGAAGUAAUUGAGCCCACUAGCUCGACACUAUUGCAAGGACCUGGUGCAGUGCAAGACGGCAACAGUGGCACAUCGGGAACGUACACACCCAUCUGCUUACUCCUCAUCCUCGCUCUGCAGCUGCUGCUCAAGUUUUGAUGGCGAAGAGGAUUCAGAAAGAAAUGGCCUCAUCUCUCUUACGACUCAUAUCAACACCUGCAGCCACCAACGGAAGCACAGAGCGUGCAUGGGAUUCCCCACUACUCUUUUGUAUGAGUAAUUGUCAUUUUUCUUUGUAUUAAAUAAGAAUCUCUUGCAUUGUUAUCUUCUCCCUGCCCCACUGAAACAGCAACAUUUAUAUCUCCAUAGAAAACAAGCCACCUGAGGUGAGGCUUGUCUAAUUUAAUAGCUAUAAAUAUAUAUUAAGUUAUUUCUGUAACUGUAGUUCUAUUUAACUGGUUGUAAGUCCUAAAAUCCUAAUAUAAUAUUUAAUAAGAAAAUGAAAUUUCAAGCAAAAGGCUUGUGAUUAAGAGGGCCUUUGUCUCCCUUUUUGGAUUGGUCAUGGCAGUGAAUUACCUCAAGAAGCAAGAAUCAUUGUAAAUUCUUCUAUUAUCUUUCUUUAACACACUUUCCCAGAAAACUGGGGGAUGCUAUUCCUCAUAAUAAUUCCUCGUAAUUUAUGCUUGUGAUAAGGUCUAUUUUAGAAAUGAAUAUAAAUGAGGAGAAAAACAGAAUUUUUGUUAUCUUUUUGGUAAAUAUUAUGUGUAACUUUUUCAUAUUUAGCAUAAAGGCAAAGUGGGGAUACUGCAGGUCCAUUAAGAAACUCACCUUUAACACUUUGUUUAGUCACCAGAAAUUACUUUUUUUUUUUUUCGAAUAAUUUAAUGUAACAUGAAAUAAACCAAUUGAGUGUUCCUGUUUUCUUAUCUUAAUACGAUGAAAGCAAUGUUGCAUCCAAAAUCCCAUCCACAGUCCAAAGUCCACAAUCCCGUUUUAAUUGACUAGGGCUGACGUCUUAGGGCUUUGGGGAAAGAUUCAUUCCAAGAGCAACACAUCGUCAUUCCACUGACCGAGAAAGCCCAAAGAACUAUCAGCUAACACUUGUUGAUUUUCAACUGUUGUAUCAUAAAUAGAAGGUUGUUUGGGAUCCUGUAACUUAACCAGUAAAAGCAUUGGUUUUAUUGAAGUGGCAGCGUCUUAAACGAGUAUUUGAUUUCUAUGUCGAAUCACUUGCAUCCAUAUAUAUUUUUUGCGAGCUCUCUUUGACUUUCCAGUGACCCCUUUCCAAUCUCCCCAUCCCCACAUAACUCAUCAUGACUACUCUGAGUUCUCUUAUCUAUAUGCAUAUAAUAUGUACAAAGGGAAAAAUAUGCACCUGUUUUUACUAAAAUUGUGAACCAGUUUAAUACAAUGCAACAGACUUUUCUAUUUUAAGUUGCUCCUCUGGUUGGAGUCAUGUAAUUUAUUUCUGAAAUUUGCUUUAUGGUUUUUGCAUUAAGAAAAUAACGUCUAAAAUAUUGUCAUUAAACUGUUCAUUGUGAAAUCUGACAUUAAGUAGUGUGCUUUGCGCAUGUUUUACCGAGCAGGGUUAGACGUACUUGCUCGUCACUGUCUCUAUGCAUCGUCACUCUCGGUAUCUUGACAUUUGAUUUGACGAGUUAAUAUUACAGGUCAAAUGUAUGGACUACUUAAGCCUCUGUUCAUUUUUAUUAUGAUUUUGAUUUGUUGUUUUUGGUUGAAUAAAUGCCAUUUCUUCAGUCCGAGUACCUCAAAGACAACCAUUUAUUAAAUUCAUAUAGUCAUGUAUCAUAAACACUGGUGUCAGUGUACGUCAGGAUUUAUACAUCAACAUUCAAGGCAAAUUUCAGCAACUGAGACAGGACUGAAAUAUGCCUGGAAAAUGAGACAGAACUGGGCACACAGCUUGAAAGAGUCUUAAAUACAAAA